GGUCUGUCUACUCACACCCUGCUUUUACGCUGAGCAUUAGUCUAGAAGUCAUUUUUCUUAUACUUGCUUUCAAGUCUGUAUCUGUUUCUGUUGUAAUCAUCGUUGUUUUAUUGUCGUUCUAGACACUUCCGACAGCACCAAGGUCUCGUCUCAAGGACGGAACAGUAUGGAAAGUAGAAGCGACUCCGACGAAUCCUCCGGCCUUGCUGGUGGCAGCAGGAGCGAUGCCGGUUCAUAUGCUCCUGCGGAAUGCUACACGGCGAUUCGUGAUGAAGACUACUGGCACGGCCUUCACUCGCCGGCUGCGAUAUUUUCCAAUCCUCCUGCAUGUGCCGGGGAAGAAAAAGAUGAUAGAAACAGAUCCGUGAGUCGGAAACGCAGCAGGUCGCGUGCAUCACGAGUGAGGAAACAAGGGAACAGCAGGAAGGAUACGAGGGUUGCUAGUACCAAGUCGCAUUCGAGAAGGCGCAGGAGAGAUCCCUUUCCACCAUUCGAAGGAGGAACGCAAAGAUUCAUGAAAGCCAAAACGACUUCUUCGGAGGGCAGAGAAGCCCCGCAUUUCGCUCCGCGCAAUGCGAUGGGCGGAGAACGCGCUGAGCACUUUGACGUCCGCGAUGCAGUGCCUUUUUCGCCCAGCGCGGCUUCAACAGCGGCCACCCCAACCGAGGAGCGAGUGCGGUUUGAGACGCUUCCAAAACUGCCAAAGCCGUCCGCCGAGGACGUGGAGCGGCCGAGAGAGGAGCAGCGCAUUUUUGAUUUGACAAACAAGUACGUGAAACACUGGACGCCGGCCCAAGCCAUGGACGAAUACGUGCAAAAUUGGUACGACCAGCUGGAAAAUUCCGUGCGAUUGAACGGCUUCGACGUCGACCUGCUGAAGAUGACCGAACGAACGAGCCAUGGGGAAAAGAAAAAGAAAAAGGACAAGAAAAUCGCAUCCAGCAGUACUGGAAAUUGCCCACCAGAACCAGACGAAGACUGGCGACUGGAGUUCACUGUUUCCACGCCAGCUGCGAAGAAGUACCGGGUCGGGUACAUUUCGAAAGAAUCGAACAUUCUCACCAUGGUGAAUUUUUCAACGACCUUGCCGCCGAAGUGCUUUCUCCUGGGAUACAGCGGCGAGGAAAAGGAGCGAAACGGCACGGAACAUGGCGAGACACGAGGCAAGUUCGGGGAUGGCUUGCCGUCGUCGACUUUGGUACUGACGCGUGAGCCUGAUACCCACGUUCAGCUUUUCAGCCUCGGACGGCGUUACCACUUUAGCAUGAAACAGAAUAAAGACGGCGUUCCGUGUUUCGCAAUGAGCAUCUGGCGCGAAAGUGAAGAAGACAUACGCGCUCGGCGGCUGCAUUGCUUCGACGCUUACCAGGAUACCGCCGCGCGCAUCCAGUGUGGCAGAAAUUGGAAGACGCGAUUUGACCGGGACCGCUAUUUGUUUUUGCGACACAAAACAGACAAGAAACUGCUAGGGGAGUCUCCCGUCGCAGAGAUUUUGAAAGGGAAACGCCACAAGAAAAAGAUCUACGUGAAGGGCAUGUUUGUCCAGGAACUAAGCAACCUCACGUACGGCAUCAACCUAAAGCAGUACGAAAUGCAAUCACGGGACCGACAAA